AUGAAGACAGUCCUACUUCUCUCCUUGCUGACCCUGGCCACCCUCUGCCUCUGUAAGCAUGAUGCUCAAGCCGGUUCGCAAGACUCUGGCAAAAGAACAGCUUUUGCCUCCAAGCGUGAGAGCAGUGAGCUGGUGAGGAGACCCAAGCGUUACCUGUACAACUGGCAAGGGCUUCCUGCUCCCUACCCUGACCCCUUGGAGCAGAAACGGGAGGUGUGUGAGCUUAACCCUGACUGUGAUGAGCUAGCUGACCACAUUGGCUUCAGCGAAGCAUAUCGGCGAUUCUACGGGACAGCCUAGACCCCAGGACACCUACUCCCUCCCCCAAACGUGCUCCCCAAGCUGCCUGGAUGUCCUGGCUCCACCCUUCAUUCUGAAACACCAGGCCCACUGCCUUGGCCUCAAGCUACACAGCUGUUCCAGGAGCUCCCCCC